AUGGCCGUGGCCUCCUUGCGCCCACUCUCGGCGCUGGUCAACUCCGUUGCAGCUGCCGGCCUCAUGGUCGCCCUCGUGCUCGUCCUUGCCGCCCUCGCGCCUGCAAGCCAUGGCGCAGCCGUUUGCACCGUGGAUUGGGGCGGAACGGCCGAUGCCGAGGCGAUGACGGGUUUUUUGCAUGCAAACGCUUUUUUCUAUCACUCGCCGGACACCAUGGCCAAUGCCACGCUCUGCGGUGCCACACUCCGCUUCUCCUCACCGCCGUCGUCGGUCACCUACGCGCUCUACGCCGCGAGCUCGGACACGCCGGCGGCGUACACCAGAGUUUUUGCAGAUACUACCACAAGCUCGAUCAAUGCCAUCGGCGGAGACGCCUAUGAGGUCGAGCUUUACUACGCGCUGGCGGUGACGUCGUCGGAAACAGGCGUGAUGUACCGCGAGCCGGCGGCGCUGCCGGCGCUCACCUGCGAUGGUGGCAUCUCGUACACCCGCUCGUUCUCGGCCUCGAGUACCGUGCUCCCCUCAUCCUUGGGUGCAGUCAACACGUCGACGGCCGAGAUGAUGGGCGGCUCGCUCACCAUCUGCCCCUCGUGCCCGAUGCCGCCGCACGUUCGCGGUGGAACCUUUUUCAGCUCGUCGUCGGUGGCGGGGGGCGAGCGAAUGGCUCCAGGUGAUACAGCGACGUACUGGUGUCUGCUCAGCCGGGCUGCCGGAAUCAGCAUAGUAUGCCAGGGCGACGGGGCGUACGAUCGCGAGCCGCCGAUGUGUAUCCGACCAUCGCCGCCGCCGCCGGCAUCGCCUCCGCCGCCACCGCGGGCACCGGCGCCGACCAUUGUCGCGCUCAUCGCCCAUGACCCCGACAACGCAGACGAUGUGCCGACCAACGCGCCGCCGCUGGCAUCUGUCGCUGUCCUCGACGCGGCCUUUGCAGUUGUAUACGCCGCUGACGAGCAGCCGUCAAACCCGGUCCCGCUCUCGGCCGCGCUCUCACCAGACCUAGUCGGCGUGUGGUCGUCCGAUGGCACCGAGCUGGUCAUCACGCUGGGCGAGCCUGUGGCGGGUGCGUCUCGCCUCCAGAUCGGAUCGACCACCGUGCUGCCGACCGGCUCGGUCCCGAUCUACGACGCGUCCGGCUGGUCGUUCCCUGUGCUCAAGCCGUCGGCCAAGCUCUCCGGCUCGUGGGGGACAGAAGUGGCCAGCCUGAUUGUCGUCGACGACACGGCAAGCUCCGUCCUCCCACUCACCAGCGGGGCAGAGGUCUCGCUUGGCGGGUUGCGCGAGGGCGAGACCGCGCCGCUGCUUGUGCAGCUCACCCGCGAGCCGGCUGCCGAGGUUGUCAUCGCAGUCGCUCUUGCUGCCAGCGCCGAUGUGCCAAUCGAGCCUGGUCGCCCGCCGCAUCUUGUGCUCUCGUCGCCAGCUGCACUCCCAGGAUCGACGUCCCGAGCCAUCCAGCUCCGCUUUGACGCCUCAAACUGGAACGUUUUCCAGGAGCUAGCCCUGGUGGCGCCUGCCGAUGCGUUUGCUGCCGAGGGCGCGGUGACCGUCAAUGUUUUGUUCUCUUUUGCGCCGGACUCUGAUCCGGCGUUUUUGCGCUCGCUCGGGCCAGCGCCUGCUCCCGUCUCGGUCAUUGUUCUUGACGUCACUCGCGACAGCCUCGACGUUACACCAUUUGAUCUCGCAGUCCCGAUCCGUCCAUCUUUCCUUAUCAACGAGCCACCAGUGGCGCCGGGUACUGCAGUCGUUACUGAAGCUGGGCAUGUCUCGUGCUCGGCCAUUGCGCUUCAGUCGCGUCCGUGGCUCAAGGGUGCGACUGUUGCGCACCCAGCGUCUGUCCGAGUUGUUGUCGAAACGUCGACGAGCCGGCUGCGGCUUGUCCGCGGAGUGUGGGACGGCGACACACACGUGCCACCACUCCGGAUCACGUCGACACUGCCGGUUGGUCUUGACCAUGCGCAGUCACGCAGCUUUGACUUUGGCCCGGAGACUUGGAGCGCUCCGCAGCACUUUUGCAUUGCCGCUCUCUCUGACGACGUGUCGGCCAACUCGGCCGAUGCAGCCGUGACCUUCCGCAUCGAUGCGUCUGAAACGCGGUCGACGUCGUAUCCGCCGUCGGCCGAGCCGCUGCUGUCAUCGCCCGCCCGCAUUGUUUCGGCGUCGUGGCCGCUUGUGACUGGCACUAGUCCACGCGUGGCGGCAAUGGCCGGCUCUGUGGUCACGCUGCUCGGGCGGAACCUGGCGAGAGACCUCUCGGUCAAUGUUGCUUCGCAGCUCACGCCUGUCGACGGUGCGUCGAUGACGGUCUCCGAGUCCGGGACCGAGCUCAGGCUCAUGCUGCCGCGGGUGAUGGCCAAGGGCUAUCUCACGGUGACGGUUGCCGAGACGGCGACGGGUAUGGAGGCGACGUACACCGAGUUGUUUUUUACUGAUGAUUGCCCAUACGAGGGCCAUUUUGGCCGCGGUGUCGCAUGUAGGCCUUGUCCGAUCGGCGCCAUCUGCCCCGGCGGCUACCGGCUCUGGCCGCGUCCUGGCUACUGGACCGAGGCCGAGUAUGCCGGCUAUGUGGCGGCAUGCGGAGCGCCGGCGUCAGAGCGAUGUGUGGGUGGCAAGGCAUCCGGGUGCGGAAGCGGCUACCGCGGGCGGAUGUGUGCCGAGUGUGAUGUCGGCUACUAUCAGCUGGGCACGCGGUGUGUGCCGUGCUCGAACUCGAGGGUGCUGUCGGGAGUGCUCAUUGCGGCCAAUGUGGUCUUUGUCGUGCUUCUCCUUGCCGCGAUGGUCAUGCUCUCGGACACCCAUCUGAACUAUGCGGCCCAGGCGCUGCUCGCGAUGGUCCUAGUGUACUCGGUGGCCAACGCCAACGCCGGCGCGGUGGCGCAGACCCUUGCAGAUGGGUACCAGCUUCUCUCUAUUGCGGCGAUGGACCUGCAGUUUGUGCGGCCUGGAUGCGAGAUGGUCCCCGGCUCGUACGAGGCGGUAUUCUUCGGGACGCUGGGCGCAUGGGCGGCUUUGGUGGUGCUUGCCUGUGGUGUGCUUGCCAACCUGUUGCUCUGCUGUCGGUCGCGAGCUGCCCAGUUUUCGGACCGGCUGCCGCGGGCGCUAAUGCUGUUGGCCGACGUGAUGUACUUGCCUGUGACGAGUGCGUGCUUGGAGGCCAUGUUUUGCGUGGACGGAGUCCGUAGUGAUCUCGUAGUUGCCGCGGCGCGCAACUUGGAGUGCUUCCGCGGCUUGCACAUUGCGAUGUUUGCUACUGCGCUCUCUGGGCUGGUGUUGUACUCGCUUGGAUACGUGGUAGCGGUGGCGCUCAACGUGCGGCUGCUCCGGUACCUUGGCUACGUGACGACGCAGCUGACGUCACGGAGCUCACGGGUGCUUGCGCGGCACGGAUACCUUGUAGAGCAAUACCACGAGCAGGCGUACUGGUGGCAAGUGGCGCAGCUUACCAUGUUUGCAGUCGUUGCCGCCAUUAGCGUCUUUCUUCGCGACGCCGAGUGGGCCCAGGCCGGGAUGACUGCGGUGCUGCUCUACGGCGCCGCGUGCGUCGUGGUGGUUGUCCGCCCGCUGCGAGCGCCAUGGCGGAACGUGGUGCUGGCCGCAACCUACGCGACAGCGGCAACGGUGGCGAUAUUCAACCAGUUGGUAGCGGACACGAUGAGUGAGAGCGCCGGGCGUGUCGCCUCGCUCGUAGUCUUUGUCAUCGCCAUGGUCGGUGUCGGUGGCUGCGCCGUGUGGGUAUGCCGGACUGUCGCCGGGCUCCAGCUGCGCAAGCGGCGGACCAAGGUCGACGAUAUAGCGGUGAUGGUCACACGUGUAUUGUCGACCUCAUCCGAGUCGACAGACCGCACCAGACACCACGAGGCUGAGGCUAAGGCCAACCGCGCAGCUCAUCGUGAGCUCCUUGCCGAGAACGUGCUCUCGCUCCCAUCGCUCAUCUCGCCGGCGGCCACCCAGGUGCUCCCGGGCACGCUGAUGGACGCGACGGGCGCUGUCUCGCUAUCGCUCUCGUCACCGACAACGUCGUCGUCGACAUCGUCGUCGUUCUCGCUGUCGUCGUCGCUCUCACUAUCGUCGUCAUUGGCUCAAUCGCCACCGUGGGAGCUGUCCGAGUUGGUGACCGCUGCCGGCGCGCGGCUGAAUGUGACCGUACCCGGUGAGGGUGAGAGCACCAUUGUCGAGCGCUGGGCGCACCACCAGUCGUACCGGAUAUCGCACUCGGUCUCCGACGAGUACGGACCGGCAAUAGCCUCGCUUCAACGUGUGCCAUCACGCAGCCCACCUUCAGAUGCCUUCAGCUCGUUCGACUCGACAUCGUCGCUCUGGCAAGGCCAGCCGCCGUCUUUGUCUGAAUCGUCUGGGUCGUGGUCGUCGGCGUCUGGGUCGUGUGAGCCGACCUCGCCAGCCCCGCCGUCGCCGCCAUCUGCGCUGCCUCUGCCAACAUCGCCAACACCGCCAACACCGCCAUCACCGCCAUCCCCGCCGACCCCGCCGACCCCGCCGACCCCACCGACCCCAUCAUCCCCGCCAUCCUCGUAA